UAUAGAUGAUGUCUUCCUCCUGGUGUCUGCCUCUGGUUCUCCUGUUCUCCACUCUGGCUGUUUCACACAGCGCUGAACCUGGCUCCACACAUGCCAAGAGGAGACUGGCACAGCCCUCGCCAGGCAGUGGCAAUGCCCUCCAGUACCCUGAUCAGGGCUUCCAGAGUCACGGGCAUGGGCACAGUAGGGAGCGUGGAGGGGGGCAUGGUGGCCAGGGGUCCCGCGGUGCCAAAGCCAGUUCUGGGGCUGGGCUUCUCUCCCGCAGGCCCCUGCACCCUGCAGCUCGGCCUGAGGAUGAUGGGACGGGUCUGGAGGGCCUGAACCCGGUGAGACUGGAGAUGGGUCCUGUGGGCAGGGAGCAGGAGAAGGGUCGUGGGGGCUUCAGGAACCCGUCUCAUGCCCGAGACAACCACCCUCUGGGGCCACGCAAGGGGAGGGGCCAGGGGCAUGGGCACCACUUUGACCAGAGGAGACAUGGAGGUCGAAGAGAUAAGGGUCGGCUCACUAAAGGUUUUCUCCCUGAGCCUGAGCUGGGCUCUGUUCUGAAGAACAGGGAUCUGUCUGAGGAGGGAUCUGUCUCCUCCGCCGCUGCAGCCGCCUCCCCCUUUCACAGAUUGACCCCGCCCACUGAACCCCCCUCCCCCAUCUACGCGGUCUUUGGCUCCGGCUCCUAUGCGGUUUCCACGGUGAUGAGCGAGCAUCUCCCAACGCUGCCCCCAGCCUCCACCAAACCCCAGAAGUCUGGCCGGGGGAAGAUGCAAGGAGAGGUGAUGCCCACUCUGGACAUGACUCUGUUUGACUGGACAGACUACGAGGACAUGAAGCCAGUGGAUGCCUGGCCAUCCUCCAGGAAGAAAGACAAGCGGCGCAGUAAGAACCUGAGCAGUGGCAAUGUGACUCUGGACACUGAUGCCAUCGAGCCAUGUGACCACCAUCUGGACUGUCUCCCAGGCUCCUGCUGUGACCUGAGACAACACGAGUGUAAGCCUCACAACCGGGGCCUUAACAACAAGUGCUAUGACGACUGUAUGUGCGAGGAAGGGUUCCGUUGCUAUGCCAAGUUCCACCGGAAGCGUCGCGUGACCAGGCGAAGGGGCCGCUGCGUGGUGCCAGAGUCAGCCAACAGUGACCAGGGUGCCUUCAUCACAGUGUGAGGGGCGACAGACACACCAGAGGCCCCCACACACACAACACAUUGAACAUGACCACUCCCUCUGACAACACAGACAGAACACAGGCUAUACAUCACCUGACAGUGAUAGUUCAUUCAGCAUUUUCAUACUACCAACUCAUAACGUCUCCGCCACUUCAAUGCCACAAAAUCAUGUACAUGUA